AUGUAUUUACUCUUAUUGUUUGAAAAAGCAUUAGCAUCUUGCGAUGCUAGCUGCUCAGUAUGCUCAAGCAAUCUAUGCUCUUCUUGCACCCAAUCCCAUUCCCUACCUUCUGGAACUGGCUGUGUCUGCUAUAAUGGAUUUUAUGAUGCAGACUCAAGUACAGCUGGAAUAAAUUGCCAAGCCUGCGAUUCUGACUGUUUUUCUUGCUAUGGUCCUACAAGUUCAAAUUGUCUUGCAUGUGCAGAUUCAUCACGAGUCCAAUACAAAGGAUCAUGCUCUCUAGAUAGCUGCCCUGAUGGGACUUUUGAAGAUGUAGGCAGAACAUGCACUGACUGUGACGUUUCUUGCAAAACCUGCACUGCUUUAGGCUCAAGCUACUGCACUGAGUGCGCUGCUGGGUAUAUCAAGAACAAUGGGCAAUGUGUCUCAACUUCAUGCCCUACAGGCCAAUAUCUAUCAAAUUCAGACGGAAAGUGCUAUGAUUGUACAGGCUAUUGUAGUGUUUGCAACCAAGCAUCUCUAUGCACCACUUGCAACCCAACAUUUACGUUGACAAGUGCUGGAACGUGUGGAUGCACACUUACAGGUUUUAGUAUUCAAAAUGGGGCAUGCAAAGAAACCUGUGGAAAAGGAGUUAAUAGAGGACAACUUGAAUGCGAUGAUGGGAAUACUAUAAGUGGGGAUGGGUGUAGCAGCACAUGCACAAUUGAAUCUGGCUGGACUUGCGAAGGAAAAACACCUGAUGUAUGUGAGAGAAUUAAUUAUGAUUAUGGGCCUUAUGCCACAUUGGAUGUUUUGCCUAAUAACACGAUUCAGAUUAGUUUUAACUUAACCCUUAAAAGUACUUUGACCAAAAGCGAAUUAGACAUUUAUGUCGACUCAGAUAAAGUCAGCUAUAAGCUUACAAAGAAGAGCAGCAAAGAAUAUAUUGUUAAAUUGCAUCUUCAAAACUCAAUAAACGACAAUUCAGAUGCAGUUUUUAAGUUUGAUGAAUCUCAAGUUAUUGGCAUCAAUGGAAAGCAAAUUUCAAAUCCAAUUAUAGAUACCACUUUAUAUAGAGAAGAAGUAUGAAGCACUUUCGAUAGCACCUUCACUGAUAUUAUCUUAUAUAUACAUCAAGGGGUUCUUAUUGCAGUGUUUAUAUAUGCAUGCAAGUAUCGAGAACUUACACUUUAUUGAAUUUGGUUUACAGCUAUGGUUUUUAUAGGAUUUUUGCCUAUGAUUAAUUUUGAUGCUCCAGAUCUAUUGAAUAACUUUUUAAGAGGCAUUAUACCAUUGGAUUUCAUUUUCCCUAAUGUCUUUGGGUAUUCUAUUCAUGAAUCCUCAUAUACGUCAGCUCGUACUUUUAUGUGAAAUAAUGUUGAUGAUAUGCAGUAUUCAUUUUUUUUAGUGAAUGCCUUUAAGCUAGCUUAUAUUUUUUUUGCUCUAGUAGCAAUAUUUAUUAUUGCUUAUUUUGGGGUCACUUGCAAAAUAAAAUCAUGCGGAAAGUGGUCUUUUCAAACUACAGAUCUAUAUCGCUAUAAUGCUAUUAUUAGAUUUUUUAUUGUUGAGUACUUAGAAAUUGGCAUAUAUUCAGUUCUUCAGAUUUUAUAUCCUGGUUUUGAUAAUUUUACAUUUGGAAUCAACACAUUAAUAGGAUAUGCUUCCUUGAUUCUGCUUUGCACUUUCACGAUAUUUAUGUGCUUAUUUAUUUCACUGAAUAAAGCUUUUAUAUUAGAUAAACAAGUAGGUAUUGAAUUUUAUAACAAAUUUGGGACUUUAUCAAACGAAUUAAAUCUAAACUCCCAAAAUCCCUAUAUACACUUCCAUCACAUUAUCACAAUUAUUCGUAAAAUUGGAUUCAUUAUAGGAGUAUUCAUAUAUCCUUUAUUUUAUGCCCAAUUAUCAAUCGUUGCUUUUUUUACUUUAAUUUAUAUAGCCUGGAUAUUUUAUGCUCAGCCAUAUUAUAACUUUAAGCUGAAUUUAUAUUCAAUAAUUGCAGAUAUUUUGCUUUUAAUUAUUUUGGUUUUAGGAGCAAUUAUUAAUUCUCAAAGUGUUACUAUAAGAUAUAUUAUAAUGUGGACAGUUAUUGCUAUAUGUGUAGCGGUUGAUAUUUUAGCAUUAACUUGUAUAUUUAAAGACCAUUUCAGCAAAAGAAUUAAAAUUAAUCAAAUUAGUGCAGUGGAAUAUGUAAAUAAAGAUGUGCCUGCUGAAGAAGAAUGCUUUAAAAUAACGAAUAGGGGAUCUGAGGACAAUGUUUCAAUUUCAAAGAAUGAAAAUAAUUCAGACAAAUCAAUUUUUUCGUUGAGAGUAAGCCACAUUAAUGAUGAACCACCAAGCACAGCUUUCUCAAUAAAAAAUCAAAGCUUUCGAUCAAGAAACGAAAGCAUAAUUAGCCCUCCUAAUAGCAAGCCAAAAAUUAAACCUGGGGAAAUACCAGUUGAGACUAUUUUUUCUAUAAAUGAAAGAGAAGAAGGUAUGAGCUGGCUCCCAAGUCGAUAUCUGCAAGCAAUAAAAGAAACAAAAACAACUCAAGAAGAGAAUAUAGAUUAA